AUGCAUCUCCUCGCGUCGGUAUCAAGGAUGAGGAUGGGAAGCAGGAGGAAGAGGACAUGGGCGACGGACAAAGGAUUGCAAGAAUUGCUACCGCAAGAGAGGAAAGCAGGCGUUGGGAGCUGCUCUCGGUGUGCAUCCGUCGCCGGCGGCGUGGAGGAUGUCUCGCUGUCGUACUCAGGAGUCUGGCGACGACGGCCGACGAUUUUGGCGCUCGUAGCGGCGAGCGAGGAGUGCAUCAGAGAGCUGUUCAAGCAGUACCUGCUACCAAAGGUCUGGGACGACCACUGCGGAUCAUCCGACUUCGACGAGCUCAGACCAACCUAUUCCGUGGCCAGAUAG